UUAUCACAGCCGGCAGGACACAAGUCUGGUAAAGUGAGAAAAUCUGGUAAAAGCAGGAGUAGAAGCAGAGGAAGUAGUAGAAGCCCAUCGAGAAAAGGUGGAAAGAAGAGUGGGAAAAAAUCGCGUUCUCCAUCACCGACCAAAACGAAGAGAGACGUGGACUUGCUGAGCCCCGACGCAAUGUCGAAUGGCUAUUACAUCUCUCAUAAUGUGCCGCAGUUUUUGGAGUUUAGAGGAUUUGGAUGGGACACAGGAGGGGCGAAAGGAAAGAAGAAAAAGAAGGGCAAAGGAAAAAAGAAGAAAUAA